AUGGCUGGGAAGAAGCGCAAAGCACCUGCCAACAAUGCGGGAUCCUCGCGCACUACGAGAUCUGCCGCCGUGCGCAAUGACGUCCCCGAUAUUUACCGUGAUAUGCUCGUCGAAGCCGACGUUCGACCAACCGUGACCUCUCCCGAGAAACCGAUCAAGAAAAAACGGCCCGGGCAGCGAGCCGAGAAGCCACCACACGAGGUCGGUCCUCCGCCGAAGAAGCCAAAGCGUCGCGUCGAGGUCGAAGUCGAAGUCGACAAAGAGGAGGAUGACGAAGAUGACGAAGAUGACAAGGAUAUACAGUUCGAGGAUGUGUCCCUCCUGACUGCGACAAUACAGACCAUGACUAAAGAUUCAGAUGAGGAGGACGAAGAAGAAGAUGAUGAUGGUGACGAGCUAGGGUUCGAGGAAGUCGACUUCUCUUUUCCUAACUUGAACUCUGAUCCUGCGGCGGACGCCCCAAAAGACCUCGAACUCAAUUUCUCAUCGCGGGCAAAUGCCACUCCUCGUCAGGUAGUAGAGAGGCGCAAACCCAUCAACAAGGCGGAGAAAGAUCGUCGGGUUGAGAUACACAAGACGCAUCUCCUCUGCUUGUUGUCUCAUGUUGCUCGCAGGAAUCGCUGGUGCAACGACGCUGUUGUUCAAGAUAGGCUACGGCCAAUCCUGACUAAGAAGACUAUCACGUACCUGAACCCAGGUACACACCUUACUCAGUUUGGGCGCGCCAACUCACUCAAGGAGGGGUUGCAGAUGGUCAAUGCCAAGUUCAAGACAAAAUUUCAGAUUACAGAACGAGGGUCUCGUAGAGCACUGUGGGCAGAGAACGAAGAGCAUCUACAAAAUUAUAAACUCCCGGAUGACGCCGAAACGCCUAUGGAGAAGUCGGAUUUCCGCGAAGCAGCAAAUUCACUCCAGGGUUCACGAGACGUAGGAGCUCAGCUCUAUUGCGCGCUGCUGCGCAGUGCUGGUGUAGAGGCAAGGCUAGUUUGUUCUCUUCAACCCCUCUCCUUUGCCUCUGGAGGACCUACCAUGGGGAAGCCACCCAAGGCGCGGGGGAGGUUAUCCCUCGAAGAGCAGUUUGCUCGGAUGCCGAAGUAUGACAGCUCCUUUGACUCGCCUGCACUACCUUCAACGCUGCCCGCUCGCAGGCGACUGGGCCACCCGAAUGCGACAGCUUUUCAGGUUCCUACUGCGACCACCCAAAGCCCAUCUCGCCAGGUGCCAGUGACGCCAAAGAAGAUCCGCGAAUCUCCCUUUCCAGUCUAUUGGGUAGAGAUUCUCGACGAGGCUCAUCAGAAAUGGCAGCCCACGGACCCUUUAGUGACAGACUCAUUUUGGAAGCCACAGAAGCUGGAACCUCCUGCAUCUGAUCGAGAGAACUGCAUGACAUAUGUGGUUGGAUUUGCGGAGGACGGAUCAGCCAAGGACAUCACGCGUCGUUAUGCCAAAGCAUACAAUGCAAAGACACGCAGAAUGCGAAUAGAAAGUGUCGCCAGCAAUGGCGAGAAAUGGUGGCGCAAGGCUCUGCGAGCAUACUCGCAUGGUGUUACGACUGACCUAGAUCAAAUCGAGGCCAAUGAGUUGACAGCAGCCGAGUCACACGAGCCAAUGCCGCGCAAUAUCGCCGACUUCAAAGACCACCCGAUCUAUGCAUUAGAACGGCAGCUUCGACGGCAUGAAGUUUUGGUGCCUGAUGCGUCAGCUUCUGGCACAAUCGGAGCCGGUAGCAAAGGCCCGUUGGAAAAAAUAUACAGACGCAAGGAUGUGCGGAUCGCCCGCAGUAGGGAGAAAUGGUUUCGGCUGGGCAGAGAAGUCCGGGCAGAUGAGGUACCAGUUAAGGUCCUAACGAAACGGGUCAACCCGAACGCGGAUCUGUUCGGCGCUGAUAAUGACGAACUCGAAGCUGGUGGGACGAUUGGCACACCAAUCUAUACAAUGGAACAGACGGAACUGUAUAAGGCGCCACCGGUCAUCAAUGGACGAAUACCGAAGAAUCGGUUCGGCAACCUCGAUAUCUAUGUGCCUAGCAUGGUACCCGAAGGCGGUGUACAUAUCACUGAUGAUCUUGGGGCGCAGGCAGCCUUCACGUUGGGGAUCGACUACGCGCCUGCGCUCACCGGCUUCGAGUUCAGGGGCAGGCAAGGCACGGCAGUCCUGCGCGGUGUGAUAGUGGCCGCAGAGAACGAGGAGGCCGUCUAUGCGUUGAUUGCUGGGAUCAAAGACCAGGAAGCUGAGCUGGAGAGGGAGAGGAGGACGCGCGAGGUGCUGCGGGCCUGGAGGCGGAUGUUGAUGAACUUGAGAGUCAGGCAACGGAUAUGGGCUGAUGUGGAUUCGGACGAUGAAGCCGUGGACGAGGAAGCGAUGGAGGUUGACAAGGGCAAAGCUGUCGCACCGUCCGUGAGUUCGGACGGUGAGCCAGAGGAUGAGCCGCAGCUGAGCGACGACAGCAAAGAGGCCGGAGGAGGCUUCGUGGUAGAUGACGAGUACGCAGGGGGGUUCAUGGUUGACUGA